AUGGAGCCAUCACAUAAAAACGUAAACUAUGAAUUAGUAUCGAAUUCUAAUGAGAAUAUCCAUCGUGAAGACAUUCCCAUAACAUUCAGAGGAACUCGUGAAGCGAGAAGACGCGAGAGGUUAGUAAAGAGGUCCAAUGGCCGCUCAUUGGUGCACCAUCACAACAUACCACCGCUGAGCUUGCUGGGGUACAUUAGUGACGGCUUCACUACAGUACUUAAUGCAAGGUGGAUCGUUAUAAUACUGCUGUUUGCAGCUAUGUACGUAUUAUCAUGGCUGCUCUUUGGGUUCAUAUGGUGGGGGAUUGAUUCAGCUUACGUGGCCGUAACCAACUCAUCUUGCGUUUCUAAUAUUGACGGAUUCUCCGCAUCUUUCCUGUUCUCAAUAGAGACUCAGGUAACGAUUGGAUACGGGUAUCGUUUUGUCGCAGACGACUGCUCCUUUGGUAUACUAUGCCUCGUCAUUCAGUGUUUGGUUGGGCUCAUUAUAGACUCAUUCCUACUGGGUCUGAUAUUUGCUAAAAUCACCAGACCCAGGAACAGGCGUAAGACGAUCCUCUUUAGUGACACUGCUUGCAUCAAUGUUAACAAUAAAGGAGAGAAGAGGCUUCAGUUUCGCAUUGGUGAUGUUAGGAGCAGAUCAUCGCUAGUAGAGGCACACGUACGUGUACAACUAUACUGGAAUAGAAAAGAUGGGGAGACUGAUGAAUACAGGUUGGAACAGAAUGACUUGGAAGUUGGCUAUGAUAGUGGAACUGAUCGCAUUAUAUUAUUAACCCCAGUGGUAAUAACACACAUUAUAAAGGAGACAAGCCCUCUUUAUACAGUAACUAAUGAUAGCAUAUUAAAUGAAGACAUUGAGAUUGUCAUUAUACUGGAAGCCAUUGUGGAGAGUACUGGCCUAACUGCACAAGCUCUAUGGUCUUACACUGAGAGAGAAAUAUUGUUCAAUUACAAAUUUAAACCUAUGAUAUACAGACAGAGUGAUGCCAAAGGUACUUGGGAAGUGGAUUUUAAUAGACUUAGCUCCAUAGAGCCUUGCCCUUGCUAG